AUGGUGUCCCGCAAGGCCGUGGCUGCGCUGCUGGUGGUGCAUGCAACCGCCAUGCUGGCCUCCCAGACAGAAGCUUUCAUCCCCAUCUUCACCUACAGUGAACUCCAGAGGAUGCAGGAGAGGGAACGGAACAAAGGGCAAAAGAAAUCCCUGAGUGUACAGCAGAGGUCUGAGGAGAUGGGUCCUGUAGACCCCGCAGAGCCCGUCGAGGAUGGAGAAAACAAAAUGAUGAAGCUGACUGCUCCUGUGGAAAUUGGAAUGAGGAUAAACUCCAGGCAGCUGGAAAAGCACCAGGCUGCCCUGGAAGGGCUGCUGAGCGAGGUGCUGCUGUGUACCCAAAAUGUGGACACGGAGCCCCAAUUCUCCAGGGAGGGGGCCCUAGGCCCCUGCCCUGAGGAUCAGCUGGAGUGCAUUCAGGGCCAGUGGCUGUCCUUGAGCAGGGCCCGCACCUACCUGGUGCUCAAUAUCCGGCGUGUGAACGACUAG